AUGGGAUUUACUUGGUAUGGAAAUGAAAACUGUCCUCAACCAGAAUGCAUUGUAUGUGGAGUGAAAUUAUCCAACGCAGCUAUGGUUCCAAAAUCAGUAAUUUUUGAGAAAAAGGUUACUAUUCCUAAUAAAAAACUUGAAGCUAGUUAUAAAGUGGCAGAAUUAAUAGUUGAAAAUAAAAAACCACAUACAAUAAAUGAAUCUUUAAUUCUUCCAGCCUGUUCAGAAAUAGUGCGUAUUAUGUUUGGUAAUGAGGCUGAAGCCGAAAUAAAAAAAAUACCUCUUUCGAAUAAUACUAUUCGUAGAUGCGUCCAAGAUAUGUCAGAAGACAUAGAAAAAAAUGUGGUGGAAAAAAAUUAA